AUGGUUGGUUUGUUCGUGGUCAUUGCUGUGUGUCGGCUGGGAGCCGGAUCUUCGCAGCCGCCAGAUGGCGUGGUGCGCGGCCACCAAGCGCGCGAAGCCGUGACGAGCCACGCUAGAGAGCGCUACACGCGCAUUCCACCGCGAUCAACAAGUCUUUCGAGCUUCGCCCAACACCAGGACUCAGGAAUGGAUCAACAGCGGUGGCAAGCGCAACUAAGUGGACGGCGGCUUACGUAA